CACCGAUUUUGGGGGGGGAUUUUAGGCUUCCCUCCCGGGAUGUCAGCGCUGUGUGCACGGAAGAUGCUGCGCCCCGCAGCGCUGUGGUGUCGGGCGCCCCCUGCAGGCAGUGCGAGGAAUCUGCUAACGCGGAGAAUCAAGGAGCAACUGCAACAUUGUAUCAAGUGCUGCUCUGACUCCCAGGAAGGUCAGGGGAGAGGGGGGCAACCUGAAGCCCCAAAGCCCAUCAAUCCCCUAGGUGUAAGGACAUGGAGGAAGAGGAGGCCCCUGUCUCCCCUGGACAGAGUGAGUCUCCUCAUCCCUCCAGAGUAUAUCUCACAGGAGAUCAAAGAUUUGCAAAAUCCUGAACAGCUCGGCCCACCAUCAUCUUCAUCCCAAGACCACCCAGAGAAGGCCAGCCCCCCUGAACUCUCAUCAACUUUCUCCCAAGACCACCAAGAGCAACUCAAACCCUCACAACCCCCAUCAUCCUCCUUCCAAGACCACCCAGAGCAGCUCAAACCCUCACAACCCCCUUCAUCCUCCUUCCAAGACCACCGAGAGCAACUCAAACCCUCACAACCCCCAUCAUCCUCCUUCCAAGACCACCCAGAGCAACUCUCACAACCCCCAUCUUCCUCCUUCCAAGACCACCCAGAGCAACUCAAACCCUCACAACCCCCAUCAUCCUCCUUCCAAGACCACCGAGAGCAACUCAAAUCCUCACAACCCCCAUCAUCCUCCUUCCAAGACCACCCAGAGCAGCUCAAACCCUCCCAACCCCCAUCGUCCUCCUUCCAAGACCACCCAGAGCAGCUCAGCCCCCCUGAACCCUCAUCCUCUUGUGAAGACCACCUCAACCAUCCCCAACCCCCAUCAUUUUUCCAGGAGACUGACCCACUGGGGCAGCUGCCUGACCCAGAACCUUCACCAUCCCCCAACAAUGCCCCCCAAGAACUGUACGACCCCUCAAAAACUGAAAACCCAGCAACUUUACAGGGGAUGCCAUUCCAGCCUCAAGAUCUUCUCAUAGCAGAAUUCAAGAGAAGACACUACUCCAUGUUCAGGAAGAUGUUUGUCCUGAAGAACUCCGGUAAACUGGUCAGCAACUGGGGGGCCAUCAACUACCAGGACUUGUUGGGCAGACUGCCAGGAGAGAAAAUCAGGACCACCACCGGGCACCAGUUCUUAGUGAGAAGACCCUCGCUGGAUGAGUACGUCAUCUACAUGAAGAGGGGACCCACUAUCUCCUAUCCGAAGGAUGUUGCCUCCAUGUUGACGAUGAUGGACGUGAAUCCCGGGGAUGUAAUACUAGAAGCAGGAUCAGGCUCUGGAGCGCUAAGUCUUUUCCUGUCACGUGCCGUGGGGCCAGAGGGUCGUGUGCAUAGCAUCGAAGUACGUUCUGACCAUCACCAGGUAUCUAGGAAGAACUUCCUAAAGUGGAAGACAGCGUGGGAAAUUCGAAGUGGACGAAGUUGGCCAGAUAAUGUGAAUUUCAUCAACAAGGAUGUGCGGGACGUGAUGUCAGACCUCCAGGCUGUAGGAUUUGAUGCAGUGGCUUUGGAUAUGUUGAACCCACAUGUUGCAUUGCCGGCAAUAAUUGGGAAUCUAAAACAAGGGGCUGUGUGUGCCGUGUACAUAACUAAUAUCACACAGGUGAUUGAUCUUCUUGAGGGCAUUCGGUCUUGUGAACUUCCUCUGUUAUGUGAAAAGGUUAUGGAGGUCAGCGUGACGGACUGGCUGGUGGCCCCCUCACUACGUAAGGACGGCAGAGUCUCCAAAAGGGUAGAACCCCAGUGGAAAGGGUCUUCAGGAACCCUAACUCAAGAACAAAGAGAUGAUGAGGAUGAUGAUGAAAGUCAGACAGAUGAUGAUGAUUUUGCAAUUGAAUCUCAGCCUUUUGGGCAGGUGCCUUAUAUUGCACGUCCGAUGCCUUGGCAGAUAGGACAUACAGCUUUUCUUGUGCAGCUGAGAAAAUUCAAACCGGCAGCAGAACUUACAGAACAGACGGACACCAGCUGAUACCAAGAAUAUAUAAUAUUACAGUAUCUUGUAUGAUUUAAACUAUGUUACACUUAUUGAUCUAAAUU